AUGCGGGUUGUAUUCCAUGUUCUAUUUAUAUUUCUAUACUCACUUUUUGAUAUUUUUCUAACAUUUUUUGGUAUAACUUUAUAUUCUUCAAAAUGGUCAAUUAAUUUUGAGAAUAUUUGGAAAAAUUUGAAUAUUUUCAAUUAUUCAUAUUGGACUUCUCCAUUAGAUUUUAUAAUUCUAGUUUGUUUUCGUCAAAUAGUUCUUCUUAUUACUUUUAUAAUUGUUCGAUAUGGAAAAUCGGAAAAGUUGAAAAAACAUAUUUUAUUCGUUGAUAUUGCUGCUGUUUUAUCCUACAUGAUUUCAACUAUCAAAAUAUUAGCAUUCGAUGAAACAUCAGGAUUUCUAGCAAAUUCUCCAGGCGCAUUCAUAAAUGUUGGAUCUUCAAUUGUUUUUUCUCUUCUACUUUGUGGCCUUGUUCGAGUUUCGAUUUUAUCAAGUCAAUUCAAUUAUCAAAGAUUGGAAGAAGAUCAAACGGAGGAAACUUCUACAACACCAACAUCAACAUCUGAAGUAGAAGGUGGUUCAACUACAAAUUCUGAAUCAACUGACAACGAAACUGAAAAAGAAGAAGAUGAUGGUGUAUCGAAAGAAGAAAAAGAAAACCGACUUCCAUUAUUGAAACAUGUCUACCUCAUUAUGAAAAUUUGUUCUAAACAAUGGAAAUGGUUUUUAUUAUCUUAUGGGCUAUUAUUGGUUAACUGUGCAUGUAAGUAGUACUGUAGAAAAUUGAAAUAUUGUAGAUCAGAUAUUUCUUAUGUUAGGUUACUGUAGAUAUUUUUCAGGACUUUUUAGAAUUUUUCAGAGUACUGUAGCUAAGAUAAGAUAUCUAAACAAAAGAAAAAUCUACAGUAACCCUAUAAAUCCUAAAAUUAAUUUUUAAGUGAACCUGAUCGAGCCAGCUUUGUACAGUCAGAUGUUGACGAAUGCAAUCACAAUGAAAUCUUUCGAUAUUCUCAAACAUGCAUGUUUUCUUCUUGCCGCUGUUCAACUUGCAGAGUUAGUUUUCUCAGAAUCGUCCAAUCUUUAUCCUUAUUUUUUCUCUUUUUUCAGAGCAAUUUCAAGCACUGCCAAAACCACGUGUAUGUCUUAUGCUACAAAUAAAACGACCAAACAAAUUCGUGUUAAUUUAUUCAAAGCUAUUCUUCAUCAAGACAUCUCAUUUUUUGAUGAAAAUAAAACGGGUCAAUUGAUGAGUCGAAUAACGCAUGAUUCGGAUUCGAUCUCAAAUUCGUUACCUGGUUAUAUUGAGACAACUACAGAAAAUUUGAUUAAUUUCUUUGGCGCUUUGCCAAUUAUGGUUUAUUAUUCAUGGCAGCUAUCUAUUGUAAGUUUAGAGGGGCCUUUUUUGGAAAAACAAAUCAAGUAUCUUUUUAUUUUCAGACGGCUUUUAUCACAUUUCCAAUUUCACUAAUUCUCACAAAAAUCUACGGACUUUAUAUAGAAAAACUAUCCGAAAAAGCAAAUGAUGCCACUGCAAUUUCAAAUGAAACAGUUCAAGAAGUUCUUGCUGCAAUUAGAACUGUAAGAUCAUUUGCUUCAGAAAGAACAGAGUACGGUAGAUACACUAAAAACACUGAUGACUGGUUCAAGAUCAGUUUGAAGAGGUGAGCUAAUAAUUUAAAACUAUUAAAAAAAAGGAUCUGGGAAAUUUCAGUAUCAUGGCGAGCACAACUUUUGGAUUAGUUUGGUAUUUGAUGUGGAAUGUUGAAGAUGUUUUGGUGUAUUUAUAUGGAGGAUAUUUGACAAUUAAUGGGAGGAUGGCAUCCGAAAAUUUGCUGUCUUAUGUUUUCUACCAUUGGAGACUUCAUAGCGCUUUAAAUGUAAGAACCUUUUAUUUCUGUUUAAAAUAUAAAAAAUAGUUAUUUUCAGAGUUUCACUAAUAUGUUUUCUGAUCUUAUGAGGACUAUUGGAUCAUCUCGAAAAGUAAUAUAUUUGUUGAAUCGAAAACCAGUAUUGGAUUAUGAAAAUGGAUCAGAAACUCCAGAAGUAUUGGGAACAAUUGUAUUUGAUGGUGUUGAAUUUGCAUAUCCAACAAGAAAAAAUGUGGAAGUUUUGAAAAAUUUGAAUUUAACAAUUGAAAAAGGAAAAACAGUUGCAUUAGUUGGUCCAAGUGGAAAUGGUAAAACAACAAUUGUAUCAUUAAUUGAACAAUUUUAUGCACCAAAAUCAGGUCAAAUAUUAUUAGAUGGAACAAAUAUUCAAAAUAUUCAACAUGAAUAUUAUCAUUCAAAAGUAGCACUUGUUGCACAAGAACCAACAUUAUUUAGUGGAAGUAUUCGAGAUAAUAUAUUAUAUGGUUAUGAAAAUGGAAGUGAAGAAGAAAUGUUGAAAGUUGCAAAAAUGGCAAAUGUUCAUGAAUUUGUUGAAAAAUUAGAAAAAGGUUAUGAUACAAAAUGUGGUGAAAAAGGUAUACAAAUGAGUGGUGGACAAAAACAAAGAAUUGCAAUUGCAAGAGCAUUAAUUCGAAAUCCAGCUAUUUUAAUACUUGAUGAAGCAACUUCUGCAUUAGAUUCUGAAUCUGAAUCAUUAGUUCAAGAUGCAUUAAAUUGUUGUGCUAAAAAUCGAACUGUUAUUAUAAUUGCACAUCGUUUAUCAACUGUUAAAAAUGCUGAUAAAAUUGCUGUUAUUGAAAAAGGACAAGUUACUGAAAUUGGAACACAUUUUGAUUUGAUGAAAAAUAUCGAUGGAAUGUAUUACAAAUUAGUUUCAAAACAAUUGGAACCAAAAAAAGAAGAACAAAAAAACGAUGAUGAUAUUUUUUAG